GUGGUGGUUGCUCCUGUUCGAAGGCGACGGCGGUCGUCUACGUUUCACUUCGUUUUCUCGCCUUAAAACAAAAUAACUGGGUGGAAAAAAGAAAGCAGCGAAUUUGAUACUUUUAAGUUUUGGGUUUUCUUCCAGAGUUCUUUUCAGGCGAGUGUGUGACGGGACUUUGGAAUGACGGGGUGUGCCGAGAAUUUGAAUUAACAGCUAGCUCGCUGAUAGUUGGAAGAAAGAGUGAGAGAGAGGAGCCAUUUUGUCCCGAUUGUGUGGGAGAAAGAGAGUGGAAAAAAGGAGGAAUCACCCACGGAGGGGAGCCUGCGUUUGUUCUCUGUUCUCAUGCUGUAGGGGGAAGCGGUUCUGUUUGGGGAAAUAACCUUACAGCUCGCGUGCGCUCUUUGGGUGGAUUUUUAGCCUACUCGCUUGCUAAGCUAAUCACCAUAGCCCGGAUUGUUUCGAAGCGGGACAGUCGGUUCGGUUUAAGGUGGAGCUGGCUGUAGACUUCAUCUAGCCGUGCUAUCGUUUCCACUUUUUUGUUUUGUUUGUUUUUUGUUUUAUUUGUCCGGUGAACACACGCUGUUUUUCAAAUGGCGAAGAAGACGUACGACUUGCUGUUCAAGCUGCUUCUGAUCGGAGACUCGGGCGUGGGGAAGACUUGUGUGUUGUUCCGUUUCUCUGACGAUGCCUUCAACACAACCUUCAUUUCCACCAUAGGAAUAGACUUCAAGAUCAAAACUGUUGAAUUACAAGGAAAGAAGAUCAAACUACAGAUCUGGGACACAGCGGGCCAAGAACGAUUCCACACCAUCACCACUUCCUAUUACAGAGGAGCCAUGGGCAUCAUGCUGGUCUAUGACAUCACUAACGCCAAGAGCUUUGAAAACAUCAGCAAAUGGCUGCGCAACAUUGAUGAGCAUGCAAAUGAGGAUGUUGAGAGGAUGCUGCUAGGCAACAAGUGUGACAUGGAGGACAAGAGGGUCGUACCAAAAGCAAAGGGGGAGCAGAUUGCGAGGGAGCACGGCAUUAGGUUUUUUGAGACGAGCGCCAAGGCCAACAUCAACUUGGAGAAGGCUUUCCUCACGUUAGCAGAAAGACAUCCUCAGAAAGGUGGGACGCCUGGAAAAGAGCCCAACAGAAAUGUUGACAUCAGUAGUGGAGGCGGAGUCACAGGCUGGAAGAGCAAGUGCUGCAGUUGAAUGACAACUCUCUCUCUCUCUCUCUCUCACACACACACUCACACAUACACACACACUAAAGCGCGCACACACACACUAACAGCUAACUCUUAACCUGUUUUCUUGCACACUGACAGUCUAUCAGAAUAAACAAUAAACCACUUCACUUGUCUAACCCCCCCCAAACUCUUCUACUGUCCACCUAAUGAUCAUUUUUAUUGAUUGAGGAAAAAAAAAUCAUGUCACAUUUAUUUUAAAAGGUUGUAAAAAAGUGUAAAAAGACAAGCUCAUAUUUUUAAUAUUUCUUUUUGCCUGACUCGCCUGGUUGGACCCCUUCACCUUCAACUCGCCACCCACGGCAACGCACCUUCAAGGAAAUUAAAAGUUAAAAAGAGAGAAAAAAGACAAAUAUAGAUGAACAUUUUGUACACUUAGUGGGGUUUCUGUUGUCUAAUUGUGUUCUUUACAGUUUUAGGACGUGGCAGAGGUGUGGCUAGCUCCGUUUGUAUGUGGGUUUUAUUUUGUCCUGUGCCUUAUAUGGAAGACGGGCGGGGCUGCGUGGUGGGUGGAGCCACGUCCACCCAAUGAAAUCAGAGCUUAAUAUCUGUAAGUUCGGGAGCUGAACUGACAAGAUGCUUUCGGGUUUCUUGUCCCAGCCAAGAGAACGGCAUUAUGUUCUGUUCAUUAUGUUUUGUUUUUAUCUAUAUGAAUUAUUUACAUUUUGUCCCUUUUUUUUUCUAGAAUUUGGGUUGAACGUGUUUUCUUUCUUUUUCCUGCAUGCAGAUUUCUUUGGGUUUGGAACUUUUGUUAACGUUUGCCACUGGGUAACUGUGGGCGGGAGGUACAGAAGUUCUCUUUGGAAAUUCAAACAAUUUUUGCAGAUCCAUUAAAAAAAUAACUGUUUAGGUUAA